AUGCCCCGUUUUAUUUUCUCGAAAUACUACGAGGCUUCUAAGCUGAUACCCACGACGCAGGCUGGAAGCAUAAAUAUUGGCCCAGAUCCAAGCCUGGAUGCUGUAUCGAAGCUCAAGUACCUUCAUGGGGUCGUAUCAGAAUCACUGAGAAUGUUUCCUCCCGGAGCACGGCUGGAGCGCACUGCCUCGAAUGAUUAUGUUCUUGGUGACACCGGGAUCAAAGUUCCAAAAGGCUGCGUGAUUGCCGUACCAGUUUACGCGAUGCAUCACGAACCGGAUUAUUUUCCCGAUCCGGCAACUUUCGAUCCAAGCAGGUUUAGUGACGAGAACAUCGAUAGUAUCCGGCCGUACACUUAUCUUCCGUUCGGAGCGGGACCGCGGAACUGCCUUGGCAUGAGGUUCGCUCUUGAGGCCGUCAAGCUGUCCCUCCUGCACUCGAUUCACAGUGUCCAGUUCGUUCGUACCGAAAACACGCAGGUUCCCCUCGAGUUUGUUGCCGGAUUUGGGUCUCUCAACGCCAAGCACAUCACACUUGGAAUAAGGAAGAGGACUGUGUGAAAUAUUUUGACCUACGAUCUACGUUCUCGUUGUUC